AGACAGAAGGAGAGAAGCAGAGAAGGAGAGCAGGUGGGAGAUGGAGUUGGAGAAGAUGUGGGAAUUCUGACAAGAGCGCAAAACGACUCGCUCACGCCAGCCACAAGACAUCGGAACAGGCAUGCAGGCGCUCUACGCGCUCAUCGAGAACCCGCCCGAGCCCUCAUUCGGCCCCCCACAAUUCAUCUGCGACGAGGAGGUCUUUGAAGGCCUGCGCACAUACUCCAACCCCCCCGGCGUGAUAACCGCUCUGCACGCAUACCAGAUCCGCUCCGUCGCGCGCAUGCUCCAGAUGGAGACGGAGCCCGGCACCAUGCCCGAUCCCUCGUACAGCCGCUGCACCUCGGCGACCGGCGAGCCCUACUUCGUCAACCUGAGCAGCAUGGAGAUUACGCGCUCGCCCGCGCAGUUCGCGCUCAGCCGCGGCGGCAUCCUCUGCGAACAGAUGGGCGUGGGCAAAACGCUCAUCUGCCUCGCCCUCGUGCUCGUCUCACUCAACCAACACACAUCGCUCCCAGAGGGUAUGGACGUGACGCAGGUGCUGAGCGACGACGAGCUGCGCACAUACUCGACCGCGACCAUGGCGACGAUGCGCACCGCCAUUGGGCUGGGCGAGGACGCCGCGCUCGCCGGCCCCCCGUGGACCGACGCCCAGCUCACCGGCACGCCGCGCCUGCAGACGCUGUGUGCGGACAUCGUCGCGAAAAUGUAUCCGCGCGCAUCACGCGUCGACGGCCUCUCCGCAAACUGCAGGCGCCUCCUCGACCGUCCGCUGUUCUACUACCGCUUUCCGGAUCCUGUGCGGCGGCCGCGCAGCGCCAAGCUCGUGCGCCACGUCCCGCCGCAGCGCAUGUUCGUCGCCACCUCCACGCUCGUCGUCGUGCCUCCCAUCCUUGUCAAGCAGUGGCUCGGCGAGGUCGAGAAGCAUCUCGUGCCGGGUGCUCUGCGGGUUUUGGUGGUCGAGGACAACAAAGAGGAUCUGCCGCCGAUCCACACCCUCAUGGCGUACGAUAUCAUUCUCAUGAGCUUGGACCGGUUCCGGAGAGAAGGACAGCGCGAGGAUGGAGAGCCUCCGAGGACACCGCUCCUCUCCGCGCGAUGGAAGCGGAUUAUCCUUGACGAGGGCAAUAACGCCGCCAAUGUUAAGAGUGAUGCCGUGCUCCUCGCUACCCAGCUUUCCAUCGAGCGCAGGUGGAUCGUCAGCGGCACACCGACGCUCUAUCUCAAGCAAGGAACAGAGUCGGUGGCAGAGACCCUGCUCCAGUCCGAGGGCAUGCAGCGCGUCGACUCGGCCGCCGAGUCCCGAGCCUCAACCCCGCUAGAGCCGACACAUAUCACCACCAAAAAGGGCAGGAGCCGGCCGAAGCUCCACUCCCCUGUGCCGGGACAAUGGAGCAAGGCUGACGAGAGCGAUCUCGAGCGCCUGGGCCACAUGCUGAGCGGCUUCCUUGCCUCGGAGAUCUUCAACAUCGCCGACUUUAGGAAAUGGGUUAAGAAGCCCCUCCGGGCCAAAGACGGGCCGGGGUACGGCGCGAUCGAGCGUGUCCGCCAACUCAUGUCGGCGGUCAUGGUCAAGCACCGCCCCGGAGUGAUCGACAGCGAAGUGCCGCUCCCGAAAAGCACGAUGGCGGUGGAGCCGCUGCACCUCUCGCACUGGCAGCGCCUCACGUACAAUGCGCUGAUGGGGCUCGUCGCCGCCAACGUGUACACCUCGGAGGGCCAGGACCCCGACUAUCUUCUACACUCGAAGAACCUCGACUCGCUGCACCAAGUCAUCAUCAACUUCCAUCUCGCCAUGACCUGGUUCACGUCCACCGACAUGGACCUCGAAGGCGCGAUGCGCCGUACAUCCGAACACCUGGCGAAGAAGCGCCACAAGAUGGCGCCGGAGCGCAUCGCCGCGAUCGAGACGGCGAUCGCGCAUAUCCGCGAAGCGGCCGAGACGCCCGGCUGGCGCGAGUGGAUGGACAACGGCGCGGCGUCGCUGCCUUUCCGCGUGCUGGCGCUGCCGCUGCCCGUCGCCGAGUCGUGGUCUGAAGCGCCGGACCACGAGCCCUUCCUCGUCGACGCACAUAGCCUGAUCCAGCUGCGCAAGCUGAACACGCGCGGGGCGGAGGCGAACGCACUGUCGCAAAGUGGGUGGGACGAGCGCGCGAAGAAGCCGCGCGCACAGGCGUUUCUCGCGUCGAUGGCCAAGGCCGAGAAGCAGUGGCGGGUGGGCGAUCCGGAGCCCGCUUCGCGCCCCCGCAAACACGGCGCCGCAGACAAGCCGAACGCGCCGCGCGUGGCGCGCAACCGCGCCUUCCGGGACACGGUGGAUGUCAACUUGGACCUCGCGGCGCGGAAUGCCACGGCCGCCGCCGCGGACGCGGCGGACCGCCCCCGCCCUCUGCCCGCGACGAUCAGCACGCUCUCCGUCUCGAACAAGAUCAACUGGGUCGUGCGCGCCGUGCUCUCGGCGCCGCGCGACCAGUUCCUCAUCUUCGCAACGUGGGAGGAGUCGGCGCAUCUCAGCGAGGCGUUCGCGCUCGCCCGCGUCCGCAGCGUGUAUGCCGGCGUCAAAGUCGACCGGGGGGCGCGCGUGCGCGCCCUCGCCGAGUUCCAAGCUGGCGCGCACGUGUGUAUCCUCGACCUCAAGCUGGGUAGUCGCGGGCUGGAUUUGACCGUGGCGAACCGCAUGGUUUUCCUCGGGCCUGUGUGGAACCCGGACGUGCAGGCGCAGGCGGUCAAGCGCAUCCACCGUAUCGGCCAAACACGCCCGACGCGCAUAGACAUCCUCGUGACGCAGGGCACGUUCGAGGAGGACAUUGUGCGGCGCGAAGCCGCGCGCCGCUCCACCGAAGACGAGCAGCGCUACUCGCGCAUGCUGGUCGAGCAGCCGCGCUUCGUGCACGCCGAAAGCACGGACGAGUACGACUUUCCCGUCUCCUUCGUGCCGCCCGGCACGGCGAGUGUCGCUGAGGAGGCGGCGUAUGCCGCGCUCCUCGCGGACUUUGCGCGGAGACACGCAGACGCCGACGCGCCCUCGCCGACGGAGCCCAGCGCCGUCUCCACCGCCAUCGUCACCCCCGUAGCUGCGGAGAUCGAGCCCCCCGGGACGGGGACGAAACGUCCGUCCACCGCCAAUGACAAGCCUCGCAAACGCGCCCGCUUUGCGGAUAUUUAAUCUGUACAUGCAUGUUGUAUAUCACUCCAGCUGCACGCCGAGGCGCCGCGCCGCAGUCUCCAACAUCGUCUCGAGAAGGACGUGGC